AUGGACCCAGAGAUACCAGAUUCAGUUGAACUGCACAUAUCAAAUAAUAAUCAAUCAUUCGAUUCUUAUUUUUGGUCACCAAUUUUACUUAUUUCAAAUACUACAGCAAGUUUAUAUGAAGUAACUAUUAAUCAAAUUCCAAUAGGUGUCUAUAAUCAUAGUAUUAUUGCAUAUUAUUCAGAAUUACCUGUUUUCAGAAAACUUUAUGCAACUACUCCAGAAAAUAUAGAAUAUUUUAUCAACUAUGAAUGCUCAAUAAUUCCAGAUAGUUUAGAGUUAAAAUCUUAUUCACCUCGUGGUUUAGAGCUGGAUGUUUUUGGGGAUAUAUCUGCAUAUUUUCGAUUUGAAAAUGUAAAGUCUCAGGUUCAUAGGAUAAAUUCCAAUUGCUUUGAAUGUUUUUUAUUUGGUUUACCUAACAAUUACAAUAAAAUUAUAUUUCUGAUGACAGAAUUAAAUUUGGGGUAUAACUACACACCCUAUAUUUCAAUACAUCCAAAUGGAGGGGAGAAAGAAGUAUUUUUCAGACCAGAGCCUUAUUUUAAUUUAAGCGUAACUGAUAAUAUCAUAGAGGCUCAACGAUAUCCAGCAUUAGGUUAUGAUGUUCUGGCAAAACUUUCAGUUGGUUAUGGGCCAUUGUUUUCAUUCAAGUCAAUAAAUAAUCAAUAUACCUUACCAUUUUAUUUUCAAUAUAGUGAUGAGGGUAUACUUUCAAGUGAUUUUUAUUAUAGACCCAUUUCAAGCAAAGACGGUGUAACCAAAUAUAUUGGUAAUAUUGAUUACCUUUAUGAAACAAAUUACAACAUAGGAGCCCAAGAUGGACCCGGAUAUAAAUAUAUUUUAAAUUCUUUAAUUCAUGUUGAAGAUAAAUCUUUUAACGAUAUGGGAGAUAAAUAUAAUUUCACUCAAGAAAUUUCGAAAGAUAAUUAUUUUACUGUCUCCUUCUUUUUAACCCAAACCAGUAUUUUGGGGCCAUUCAAUAUAGAGUAUUAUAAUACCUACGAAUCUACAUUCCCAUUUGGCCAUUCAUUAAGUGAUAAACGUGGAAUUGUUAAAUUUUCAUUCUUUACAGAACCAAUAUCAUAUCAAGAAGGAAAAUUUAUUGUAUCAGGCUAUAACGGCACAAAAUUUACAGAAGGUUUCAAAAUAGAGGUCGAAUCUAUAGAAUAUGAUCUUAGCGCGCCAACUUUUGAAGAUAUAGAAUUUAUUCAUUUGUUUGAUCACAACUAUAUAUUAAGAAUUAAACUAAAAUCAAAAUACGAAAUUUUUAAGCUCCUAAUCGACGAGAAAUAUUAUUACCCAGUUGGACUAUUGAAUGGAACUUUGGAAGAGCCAACAUUUGAUUUCCAUGUAGACCUAUUUAACCCCAUUACAGAGAUCCUCGCUUACCAUAGCCGUGAGCUUAUUCUUAUGGAGCCAUAUUACUAUAGUAUUAAUCCUUUAAAAUACUUUUCAAAUCCAAAGUUUAUUGAUGAUGAUUUUGAUAUCUUUAAUAUAACUUUUUCAAAAAUGUUAUAUUAUGAAAUUGAUGUUACCAAUAGAACCGUAGGUAAUAUACUAUACUUCAACUAUACAAAUAUAAAUAUCGAGACACCUAUUGCCCUAGUACUUUUCGAUCCAGUUAAUAAAUUUGCAUCAUCCAAACUAAACUUUAACGAUUAUCCAACUGAUAAGCUGUGGUAUUCAAGAUGGAACUCCAGUUUAGAACUAUUCCAGAUAGAGUUUUAUGUAAAUUCAUUACCUGGCAAAAUUCCAUAUGGUUUAUUUUUUGAUUGCAACAACUAUGUCCCAAGUAAUUCUUUAUCUAAUGACUCUCAGCUUAGGGUUAUUUCAAAAAAUUUAGAUUUAUAUGGUCCUAUUUUUGAAAAUUUAAGCAAAUUCCCUCUUGAACCACCUUUGGACAUUGGUUUUAAUAAUUUUAAACAAAAGCAAGAAUUAGAAGAAAAUGAAUAUUCUUUGGGAUACACUUUUAAUAUUAUAGAUGAAUAUAAUGGAUUUAAAGAAGGUUAUAUUACCCUUAGAAAUAUUGAUGAUGGAUCGUUAUACAACUUUACAUUAACACCAAAAGAUGCUAUUAGUGGCACCAAAUAUAAUGGAUCUUAUGCUAUCAAAGUUAAACUCUCAACAGAAAAUUGUGUUGGUGCACAAUUUGAUUUAAUAGAAGUAAAGUUGUUUGAUGAGCAAGGUUUCAACUCUACAUUCUCCAGAAUUACCUUUAGUGGUGGUACCUCAUCCGCAAAUGGACUAUCAAACCCCUUUAUAAACUAUUUAAAUAAUCCUUACCUUUUGAGUGUUUAUUUCUUUUGUCCAACACCAAUAGAAGACCUUUCUAACCCAAAUUUAUUACUCUUUGAAAUAGUAAAUGCUCCAAAUGAAACAAAUCCUAUUGACGUUGGGUCCCAUAAUAGAUUUUUAGAAUUUAAAGUUAUAGCACAAGAUAAAGAUUCCGGUUUGAAGAAAGGCCAAUUUCCAAUUAUUUACGUUGCCACAACGAAUCUCAACAUAUAUGAAUGUAAAAACAUUACUUCUAUUGAUGAAAUCGACCAAUUUACAGCCCAGUUUAAUUAUAAAUGUCAACUACCUAUUGGUUAUGGUUAUCCGUUUGGAAUGGUAUUCCAACUUUAUACCAUAACAAAUAAUGGUGGGUUGUAUUCAGGUUUUACCACAGACGAUUUAAAUAAAGCAGGAUUCAAAUAUAAAAUCGAUCGAACUGAAAUUAUAAUGUCUUUAAAUUAUCCAUCCAUUGCAGGUACCAAUAGAAUUUUAAAACAAGAUAAAGAGAUUUGGAUAUAUGGAAGAGGUUUUAGCAAAGUAGAUCAAGUAUCUUUAGUUUUGCCAAACAAAACCAAAGUUAAAGUUGAAAUCGAUAAAAACUUUAAAAGUGCAUUAAAAUUAAGAAACUUGCCAAAUGGGUUAUCAAGAUUCUUUAUUGAAUUUACAUUUCAAGAAAAUAGCUCCACCCAAGUAUACCAAGAUGACUAUGAAAUCAUUAUUGGUAAUGAUAUAGAUAAUACCCCCGACUAUGAAAUUAAUCCUGACCAAGUAUGUGAAGGAAAACCAAAAUGUGGAGGACCAUCAAACGGUUAUUGCUCCAGUACUGGUUGUGUGUGCUAUUCACCAUGGAUCGGCAAAGAUUGUUUAUCCCAAACAAUAAUAAUUCCUGAUAUAGAUAUCGAUGUCAACGAACCAAUGGCAAAUAUAUCUCAUAAUGAUAAAAACGUAAUAUAUAAAUCAAUUGUGUCAAUAGUAUCACUUAGAGAAAUAGAUAUCACUGGUAAAAUUGUUUUUGAAAAAAAAUUUGACAAAUGGAACUACACAAAGCUAUCAAAUGAAAGUCAUCUCUAUCAAAACGACAUAUCUGAUAAUUCAAAUAUUAAAGCAAAACUUGUUUGGUAUGAAAAUGAAAGUAAUGUAACUUUUGCAAAUCAAAUCAUUCAUAUGAACCCUUCAACAAUAAAAUAUACUAUCGAUAUUGAUAAAUAUCAGUUUAAAUCAAGAUUAAACUCAUUGGAAUUAAUAAUGUCAGCAUCCUUUGAGUCAUCAAAAACAAAUGAUAUUUGCUCAUCAUCAGAUUUUGGUAAUACAACAAAUGGGGAUAACUCCAUUUAA